UUUACCCACACGUUGGGAGGAACCAUUCCCCUCGCCAGCCGAGCCGACCCACACAAGACACAUUUGAGCUCAGUUCUCUCCCUCUCCUCUGCACAACCUUUCCCUCAGAUAUGCUCAGCUCAGAGCGGAUUCAACACGCCACAUCAGGAACUAAACACGGAGCCCGAAAAGAGCACAUCUCAGCGAUGGCCUCUCCUGUGCAGCUGUUCACGAGCUUGCCUCAUCUGGACUAGGAGCGGAAUUCAUCUGACACUCACACGGACACGCACACACACACAUCUCUAAAAGAAAAACACACCGCGUAGCCAUGUACAGCGUGGAAGACCUUCUCAUCUCUCAUGGAUACAAAGUCCCACAAAGGAACAGCAACAAUGUCCCUGUUUCACACUCGUCUUCCCCCCAACCCGCAACCUAUGAGAAAUGUCUGCCGACACGAAGCGACAGCCGGUGUGAAAUCGCUGAGAAGCGGAAAGGACACAGCGGCGUGAAUGGCUACGAGGGGGACCAUGUUUACAGCGGCGGAGGCAUCAGACAAGCUCCUGCCAGGGGAUUCCCCGGUGACGCUGAGAACAGGGUCAGGAAGCAGAGGACACAAGAUGUGGACAACGGGAAUCUAGGAGAUGGACGUUUGCCAGAAGACAGCCUGACCACUGACAGCGGGUUUUUUGAAGCCCACAGAGGAAUACACUCUCAGCCUAGAUCUGAGCAGGAUGUGUCCUACUGGCGGAGAAGAGGUCAGGACUUUAGUGUGCUUUUGGAUUAUGCAGACUUCAGGGACCCACGUGGAAGUGGAGGAGGAGGGGUUGCAAACAAACCAGAGGGUAUGCAGCGGAGACCCGAAUCUGCCUUAAGCACAGAGGAGCAUAACCGUGAAAGACAACGGCGGGCUGAGAGCGCACGUGCCAGAGAGAGAGAGAUGGCCCUACACCAGUGGAGAAUCGCUGCUGAAAGGAAGUACCAAAGUUUGGGAACAGAGGAGUGGCGUCCAAUGACCAGCAUGAGCCGCCAGCCAUCUGAAAACGAGGUGGCACAUGAUCAACGCAGGCCAAGAACUGCAGAAGGAGCUGUUCCACCUAGAACCAAAAACAAGUCGCAGUCACUGCCCAGAAUGCAAUCUGAAAGCCUCCAAUACUUCAGCAUACCAACUGCUGGGCAAGAUUCUUAUGGGGGUUUUAAGUUAAAUGGCCACCACAUAAGAGACCCUCAUGGACGACAUAUUGAUGGAGAGAACAGGCAACGUUGGACUGACCGAUCAGGUGCCCAGUCUGCACCAUUAUCAAAACCCAGAUUCAGCAGACCACUCAGACCUCCUUCUUACGAAGCACACCAGCAGAUGCGUGGGAGUGCAGAGAUGCUCACAGGGGAGCUCGCCCCACGUGCGAGAGACAGAACUCCGCUCCCCUUCUCAAGGCAAGAAUACUUUGUACAAGAACUAGGCGGCUCUGGCGCAGAGCCCCCUGGUUACAUCCCCCCUCCAUCCUACAGAAGGCAGCCUGUCAUUAAAGGAGGGCACAGAACUUAUCCUAUCUCAAUGGCUAACCAUCAGUAUAGAGGAGACCCAUAUAUGCAGAGUUCUGCCAUGACAGAAGUGCAGGAAUGGUUUAUCAGGCAGACCGGAAUGGCUUGGCCAGACCAUUACAGAGAUGGAAGAAGAAGUAUGCCCUGCAGGAGACAGGCAUAUCCAGGCUACAGCGAAGAACGGAUGGGGAAUGUUCAGUACAUUCCCUUUGACGAUCCUCGUGUCAGACACAUUUCAGGAGCAGGGAUAGAUGGGAACUCUCUGACAGAUGCAGACAAAAUCAGAAACAUCAGAAAUGAGAUUCCAGUCAACCUCAUACCUGAGAAAUCUAAUGACAGUGCCUUGCCUUUCACAGAGAAACCCUUUGACCGCACAGAUCCAAAUAAAAGCAAUAUUAGUAAUUCGAUUAAUGAGGACAGCAUGCACAAAGAAUCGUUGAAGGAGACAGAAUGUUCAAACACAGUACCUGAUCAAAACUGCAACAGGCAUCCAGUUACUCAUGGCAAUAUAGUUGCUCUUCAAAUGACAACACAACAGAAUUCAAGCCUGGGUUUGAUUGAGACAGUGACACAAGUAAAGAAAUUUGAGGCUAAGACUGUGGCCGAGAACAAGAAAAACUCAAAGAAAAAGCUCAAAGAGACAAUGUUUUGCCUGGUUUCUGUCCCUAUCAGUAUGCAAGCAAACAGAAGUGUCUCUGACCCAAAUAACAAUCAAAAAGUGAUUAGUUCACAAGAUAACACAGGGGUGCAGCAAGAUAACCAAAACAUGUUAAAAGCAUCAAGCAAAGAGACACAUAUACAGUCCAACAGUUCCCCCUCCAUUAGAAAUCCCCCUUUGAAGAAAGAAAUCACAGAUACCAGGUCACUAGAUCCAAGCCAAGACAGUGAAGUUUUUUAUGCAGGAUCCUGGCCUGGAGAUCAAUACCGAAACCAGGAAACUCAGACAGGCUCCCCAGAAGUUUCAAGAAAUACCCAUUCAUCAGCAAAUGACCAUCCCUCCCCUUUCACAAUCACCAAUAAUGAAGGUGAAACCAACUGUAGUGCAAACUAUGGAUACCCCAUGAUAGGCCAAAAGGAUCUUAACCACUCCAGCAACAGUGCAUUCUCCAGAACUGUGAAUGGAAUUAGUGUAAGGAGCCCACAUUUUCCUCGGUCCGUAUCACUUCCAUCAUCCCCAGAUCAUCAACCUUUGUUGAGAAAGUCUAAACAAUCAUCAGAAAGUCAAGAGCUUUUUGGACAGUUUUUGCUAAAACCAGUCAACAGAAGAAAAUGGGAUGCUAUUGGGGAGCUGGAAUCUUUUAACAAAGAGAUACAGGAUCAUACUGGGAAGUUUCCAAAUGCUGAACAGAAUACAAAGGAACUUGAUGAAGCAUUGAACAGUGUUUUGGAGCUGAGUGAUGCAAGCAACAAUUCAAAACAAGAAACCCCCCCGCCUCACACGAAUAAGGAAAUUGACCAGCAACCACAUGUUGUGCAGGUCACAGAUAUGCAACUAAAAAGCAAUAACUUAAAUAUAACAUCCCAUUCAGGUAAAGGAGGCCACCCUGAAUACAAAGGAUUAAAAAGUUCCUUGUCCAAGACUAAGGUGAACUUUGACACCCACACACAACAAAUCCCUGUCAGCAAGACUGACAAUUAUGUUAACUUUGACAUUCUGCAAAGGGGGGACAAUGAUCCAGUGAUGCAUCGGCAAGAUAUCCCUGUUCCAAAGGAGUGCUUGCUUAAGGAUGUUGGUUUAACAGUAUACACUGCCAUUCCAGACACUGUGACCUCUGGAUCUCCCACAUGCUUGAGUCCUGAGUCACCUAUGCUAACCAGCCCUUCAGACAACUCAGAGAUGUGUGAAACCCUGCAGAUUACAUCAUCAGACAGUAGCGGAGAUCUUAGCAGACACAGCCCUGAAUUUUCUGAAGGUACUCAAAGCUUGAACAAUAAUAAUGCAUUUAACUCCAAAAAACUCAAGAAGGAAGCUGGGAGAGGAAGCACAGAUGUUAUCAAAUCAGAAAGGUCAUCGCGUAUCCAUGUGAUCAAGAGUCUUCACUGUAGGUUUAAGGCUAAUUUUGAGGAUGAUGAUGAUGAGCAUUUUUAUUCAGAUUAUCUGAGCUGGAGUAAUGAAAAGACCUUGGCAGAUGAACAUCUUGAGACUCUUUUGAGUCAAGAGAAGGCCAACAAUAUGCAGACCGAAGACCUUAGUAACUUGUACCAAGUCCAGUGUGCCAAAGGCAUUCCUGAAAAUGAGUCUAUUGAACAGCGUGCUGCCAGGAUACUCGGCAUUUCUGUGCCAGUUGAAGCCUUGGUUGUUGAUCAAGUUGAUGGCAAACCAUUAGAAAGGGAUUUUAAAAACACAGAUGCUACAGUUUUGGAAACACAAACCAAAGAGAUGAGCUUAAAUGACGAGACACAGAAUGUUUGCAGAGAGUUUGAGGAAGUGCCAAAUAGGUCUAUGGAAAGUCAAGGACAUGCGUUAGAGGUAGAACUUGGAGAGGAUCCAGAGUCUACAGAAGAUUUAUCUAGUGCUGAGAAGCACAGCCUAAGAGUCUCCACAAUGUUGGAGCUGCCAGAGUUUCCUCCAAGUAACUUAUGCUUGUCGCUUCCACUGACCGAGGAUGAGGAAUUGACUCUUAGUGUAAGUGGGGGAGACAGGAAGGAGACAGUUAAUGCUGAGAUAACAGAAGCACCACAGGACCAGUUGCAGGCAUGCUGCCUAUCUUCUCUGUCCCCCUCAUCCACAAAUGACAAAGCAUCCCUAGAGUACAAUGUCUAUGCAAAGGAAGAAAGCUGUCAGCCAUUAGUGAGAACUGUAAACAGGAUCACAUUGGCCAAAGAGACAGACCAAGAAGAAGAAGAAGGGGAAGCACUUCAAGAAUCUGCUCAAGAGGAGGAAACACUAGUGGAAGAGAAGCAAUACAGUGAGAAUGCAGUUGUCAUGACCAGUUAUAUGCAAGAAGAGAAUGAGGAAACAGCUCAGGAAGAAGUGUCUGCUGAGGUGCUUUUACUUGCAAGAUCAAGGCAGUCACCAAAGACUAUGGCACGUCCAAUCCCACAUCCCCGCAGUGGCAUGGUAGCAAAGAGAGAGAUCACACUGCCACAAGGGUUCAACUUGGAUAAUACAGUGUCUGCAAUAGAAGAUGAUGACAAGUUAUUUAUUUCAGAUGCGUAUGACCCCAGUCGUGUGGAGAGAGUCUGAACUUGGAGACUGUAAGAACAAACCCUGUGACCUUACUGGAAAACAAGAUGUAGGCUAAAACCUUUCACUUUACUAAUAUACAGUCACAGAAGUUCAUAAGCAGGCGUCAUGCCGCACAUUUAAGACUCAUUUGGGGAACUUCUAUGACCUGGAAUAGCUAUGGUGUCUAUCUAUGAGAUUUGAAUGUAUAAUGUAUAUCAAGUAAAGCUCAGAUGUUACACAUAUAGCUACAAAUAGACUUAAUAAUUUUCUAAAGUUUCUCUGCACCAGCAAAUGCUGGAGUUCUGUCGGACUUUCACAGAACACAGUGUCAUUGUGCCAACAGCGACAAGACAGACACAAAAGCUUGCACUUCUCAUUUUCGGCAGUAUUACCAAUGAGAGAAAGAAGAGAGGCCUUGAUGUAUCAAAGCAAUGAAUUGGACUGGCGAGGUACAGUAGCAGCAGAAUCAGUGACAUUACACUGUGCUUUUAAUCACAGAGAAAUAUUUUUGUAAGGAAAGUGGGACCUGGGAGAAACUAUGAAUGUCACUGUGGUAAAACUGCAAUAUAAAAUCAUAAAUAUAUAUAAAUACAUAUAUAUCUUUUUUUCUUCAAAUUAUGGAUGAAGCUGCUUUUAUGCGAAUAGGGCAGCUAAAAAGAAAGUGAGGCAAAGAUUUAAGGAUAUUUUUAGUCGAACCUUGGUCUCUUGGUUAAACUUAACUGUAGUGACUUCAUUAGUUAGUUAUUGCUUUAAAAUGAUUUCCUGCACUCAAUCUCAUAUGCAGUUUCAGCUUUUCAAAGUAGCAAUUCAAUAUCAUCUCACCACAGAAUGCAAUGGGGGAAAAAAUAAACUAAAAACGUAUUUAUUUUUUAUCAAGCUAUCAACAAUCUGUACAGAUGAAAAUAUAUUCCACAAAGUAUUUUUAUUUUACCUCGUGAGUUUGUUUGCUUGCUUACAAUCAUUAUGGAUAUAUCAUGUAUGAAUAUGUCUAUUAGCUUCUAUCAUUCUGGCCGUGAUCGUGCCACGUGGCGUGCUUUUUGGUGCAAAAUUGUCAAAAAGUGUUACAUGUAUUUCUUUAUGCACAUAUGAAGUGUUCAAUCUCAAUUCUGAAAGCGUAUACUCAUAUUGUGAGUAAACCUAGUGCUUGUGAACUAGUUUGCGAUUGCUUGGUUACUUUUCUUUUUGUUUUCAAAAGAGAUGGACAAAGGUUUGUCAAUGAUUUUCUAUCACACAACAUUUAUACAGUAAAUGCAGUCCAAAGUGCACUAAAAUUAAAUUAAGUGUGAACAAAGUGAUUAGCACAUCUGGAAACUGGGAUGAAAAUAGCUUAAAAAAGACAUUGAUUUCAUUUGCUCUGAGAAUGGUUAGCGUUAUGGGUAAAAAAGUGCUAAUGCCAUGAUGUUUUAGUAAUAUUUUCCAAAAUUUUGCAUAGCUAUAAUACAGUUCAUGCCGUUACAUGUUCUGUUGUUAGCCAAACAAUAAGGCAUAGCAUUCAUCACACUUACUUUUUGUAAGUUGGCAUCAAAUUAUUGUUGUAAGUAGUCCUUGAUUGUCUAUACCAUUUUGUACAAUUUAGUUUUUUCAAAAACGGAUGAUUAUAUUGUUGCAUAUAACGUAUAUGGCAUUUAAUAUCUUUUUCUAUUUUCAUACAGAAACUGUACAUGAUUAUUUUGUAUUGGGUUGGAGUUGAUUUUCCUUCUCUGCAUGAGAUAAGAGAUGUAAACUAGGGUCAGGAAAAUGUUUUGCAUACAAGUGCAUUUGGUACUACAUUAAAUAUAUAUUCACUAUAUUACAUUGUGCACAUUUUUAUUCUGCUAAAAAAGGCUUUGGGCAAUAUUUAAAUUCUAAACAAGCUAUUUUUUGAAUAUUUUACUGAAAGGGAAGUGUUUACUGUGCACCUCAGUACUUGUGUUGUUGAAGUAUUGGGUGAAUGAAAUGUUUGAGAGGAAUAUUGUUUGUACAUUAUAGCAGAUUGCUCAUUAAUAAACUCCUUGCAUGGAC